AUGAUCGAAAUUCCGUCUGUAAAAGUGGCCCGGAGCGUGCUAGACGGGCAGCACAGUGAAGGGACUCGAAGAAGAAAGAAGAGGAAGAGAAAGGGAAAACUGUGGAAGCGUACGUGGAGAUUGGUGGGAGAAGGUGAGAGCGUCGCACCGGCAUCAGUCGCGUCACUGGAGGAUUGGUGCGCAACGAGAGAGUCGUGGCACCGA